UUGGAGAAGAUGCAGAAUUGCUACGGCAACCGUGCGGGGCGGCCGUCCCAGGACGAGCUGGAUGAACAGAACGAAAGACUGACGGGCCGGCACAUCGAGACGCUCGCAUUCCUGCAGGAGAUCGCCAAGGAGAACAAGGAACUCAAGGCCAAGGUCGAGACACUGGAGACGGAGCUAUCUAAGUGUGCCAGCCUCCACCAGCAGGCUCGGGAAAGUCAAGAGCGCGUCAAGAGAGUCCAGCAGGAGUGUCUGGAGCGGGCAGACAAGGCACGGGGAGACAUGGUGGAGCGGCAGGUGAUGCACCUGAUAGAAGAGAAGCUGACAGUAGAGCAGGAGUACCAGGACAAGGUUAAACAGAUGCAGCAGCAGAUUGACCAGCUCCGGAGAGAGAACGCCCAGCUCCAGUCCCAGCUCAGUACUUACCAACAGGAGGAUGGCAGUAAGGCUACGAUCCACCAGCAGUUGAACGAGACGUUAGGCCACGUGGACGAGCUGCGGACGGACAACUCUCGACUCCGGGAGGAAAACAACAACCUUCUUCUGGAGCUGCAGGCAUAUCGAGAGUUCCAGCCUGAACAGGGUAAGAACGAGAUCCUGUCGGAGGAACUUCGUGAGGUGAACCAGAAGAACCGUGAGCUGAAGUUCCGCAUCGCGAAGCUGGAGAAGGAGAUCGUGUCAUCAGAACAGGACCAGGAGGAGGCGGAGACAGCGCACGUGUCUAAUGCCAGGUUACAGAAGAGGGUCCAGUCCCUGGAGGAGGAGGUGAUGCUGAGGAAAGAGCAUCAGGAGGAGCAGCAGCGAUCGCUCUCCGACCUCAGCGAGCAGUACGACAAGAACAGGGCGCUCUUCGACGCUCUCGCGAUGGAGAAAGAAGAGAUGGCAAACACGAUCGCGCAACUCCGAGACCAGGUACGGAGACUAGAGCAACAGUCGAGUGCCCAACAGGCUGGGUUUAAGGAGUUCGUUGCUCUAAAGCGAGAGUUUAACACCCUGAAACAGGAGUACGACGUGUUGGCCAUGAGGGACAAGAUGAGGCAAGUUUCGCUGCCGAGUCUGAAGGAGACGUCGCCGAAGUUACGGGCGCUGACGUCGGCGAAGUCUGCCCAGUCCGAACCUGCUCUGAUGAAAAUAGAUGCUGGGAAGAGACACAAGAAGCCAAAAGCUUUGACGCAUCUUUCCAGUUUCACUGAAGGAGGGCAUAGAUAGAGCCUGUGAAGCAACUCCAUCUAGCAGGAGUUGAGAAAAUUGCAGGAGUAUGUCGUUGAACAUUGGACAUGGAGAAAAGAGGCACUAGCAUUUGAUGUGUAUAGGAGGGCAUAGAUAAUGUCUCAUGAAAGUUUAUCUGUGUUGGUAUUAAUCAUACAUGUAGUAAAAUGUUGAACUUUAUUCGAACACAAGGGUUACACAGAGAUCAAAUUUCAACUCUUGCAAGUUAACAUUCGCAAGUGAUUGGUCAUUAAUUAUCCUGAUGAAGGCGACAGCCAUUGAAAAUUUGAUCUCUGUGUAACCCUUGUGUUGGAAUAAAGUUCAACAUUUUACUAUGGAUGAAGCCUGUCGACUGUGCAGCAACUCCAUCUAGCAGGAGUUGAGAAAAUUGCAGGAGUAUAUCAUUGAAUAAUGGACAUGGGGAAGACAAUUUUAAGAGGCACUAGCCUUUGAGGCAUCCUCAUAGAUUCACAGCAAGUUUAAACUGUGCAGAGCCUGUUGACUGUUAAGGUGUGCCACCUAGCAGUUGUUGAGAACAUUGCAGCAAAAAGAAAAGUUUGAAAGCGCAAGGCUGAAAGUUAAUCUGUUGAGCUUCACUUUCGGAAGAUAGAUUGACGUAAGCAUUGAAAUGUAGACAGACUGUGAAGCAGUGCCACCUACCAGCAACUGAAGAAGUGCAGCAGUAAUGGCCACUACAGACCAACUGUUAGUGUUAUACAUGUAUAACAUGUUCUGUCUAAUUCAGAAAAGAGAUAAUUUUCCAUGACAACUUGUAUAAUUUUCCCAAGAAUUAUAUGAGUCUUUACAUACUAGUAAUUUUUAUAUAUCUUGUCUAAAAUUUUAAUGUAAUGUUAUGUUGCAUUGCAACAUAUGCCUAUAGCAAAUUCCUUUUUGCAUUGAUGAAAUUUUGGUGUCAAAGCUUUGAUAUAGAAUUACAUUUAUACUAUAGUUUUGUAGCAAAUUCAUGUGAACAUAUCAACAGUGGAACCUAAAAUGUCUGUAUAUACAUAAUUGUUAUAAGGGCUAAUUGGUACAGUUUAUUCUUACAUGGGUAUAAGAGUCAAAAUAAAUGUGAAAUGUCUGUAUUGUUUAAAAUUCUGUCUU